CACAAGACUCCUCCGAAUAGCGAUCUGUAUUUUGCCCAGCCUCUCCCUCUCACUCUCCCCUUUGCUGCGAUUAUGGAGAGGCUUCUGCUUCUCAGAUCCUUCGGCACGGCGUCGGAUCUGUCACUCCAUGCGGUGAGAGCAUACGUGGAGCGGGACUACGAGAUCGCCGUCGAAUUGUUCACCCGAGCAAUUUCAUUGAGCCCUGAGGACGCCCAGCUAUUCAGCGACCGCGCUGAGGCCCAUCUGAUGCUCGGCAACUUCACCGAGGCGGUUGCCGAUGCAAGCAGAGCAAUUGAGUUAGAUCCUUCAAUGUCUAAAGCAUACUUUCGCUUGGGCAAUGCCUUUUAUGAGCUCAAAAAGUAUCAGACUGCCAAAGCAACAUUGGAAGUAGGUUCUUCUCUGGCUCCUGCGGAUGCAAAAAUUACCGAUUUAAUCAAGAGGUGUGACGAGCAUAUUGCAGAGACAUAUGGUGAGAUACUCAACCCCCCACUUGGGAAGGCCUCAACCCAUGUGGUACCCGUGGAAGGUGGUCAGGAAAGUGGUCACAUUGUGAAUGAGGUUCCCACUCAGGCGACUUCAAAUCAAAAUACAGGCGAGGAACUUAGGAUUUGCUACAUUGAUGCAAGUCCUGAUCGGGAUGCGCGGCAAAGUCUUCUGUCCUAAGGUUUUGGCUUCAGGUGUGACUGCUGUCUGUGUUUAUCUGGAGACUAGAAGGAUUUCUGAUAUGAAGUAUCGGCAAAGGAAGACAUGAGAUUUUUCCUACUCUCUCGCAUUCAUUAGCAAUAGAUUCUGCUGCUAUUCUUUUAUCUUUCAGCUUGUGUAAAAGUCUAGGCGUUGCAUACAACUUCAGUAAAACUGAAAGCCUUUCAAGCUACUUAAAUUUAGUGAAGUCCCCCUUGUGCA